AUGGCUGAGGUCAAAACUCCACCCCAAGCGCCUGGCCCGAGAGGAAAGGCGACUCAUACAUCGCCGGGCGCAAAGCGUGGGCCCUCGAUCCACCAGAUAUACGCCCUCCCCGCCCCCAUCCGAACCUUCCCCCUCCCGACCUUUUACCCUGGAAAUCCCCUGUCCCUCUUUCAUGUCGCAUCAGCAUGGUUGGGCCAGGUGCUCUCUCCGCCUCCCGCGGAGCCGGCCGUCAUCCACCAUGGAGUUUGGUCCGAGGCCACGACUUCCGUCCAUGUCACAGAUGACACGUCCAUGAGAGCUCUUUGGGAACAAGGCUUCUACGGCAAAGGCAGCUUAAGCCGUAGCGAACCCAAUUGGCUGAAGCGAGAGCGAAGACGACAAGAGCGCGCACAAGCCAAGCUGGAAGAGGCACGUCAAGAGGAAGCUCGUCGGGCAAACUCGACAAGUCCACUCCCCGUUCCGGCCGGUCCAGCAGCACCUGUUGGUCCGCAGCAGAUUCUAGCGUUGCCAAACUCAGAUGCUGAGCUUUCGGCGACUCUGCGGCUCGCUGAACCGCUCCCGGCGGAUGUAAAUGGACGGCCUAUUUUGUCCCAUGGAAAGUCCAUCAGCCAUGUGGCCAAUGGAGACUCUCCUUCCCGCGACUUCGCGAAUGGGGUUGCGCAGUCCCCAGCCGCCGUGGCUGAUGCUUCGGACGACGUUCUGGACGGCCGUCCAGCUGAGGCCCUUGCAAACGGACAUGGGCAGAACGGCGGCGCGUUCAAGCCCACAGAGUAUUCGGAAUCUUGCAGCAACCCCUUUGAGGCCAAGUCUCCAAGCCGGCAAAAGAGCGUUCGCUUUUCUCCCAAGGUGGAGUCAACCACCUUCCAGCUCUCGGACCCUCCCAGUCCGAACCAGACCUCGGCGAGUGGGAGAAGCAGCCAGCAGCUUCUAGGACAUGAUUGUGGCAGGCCCAUACCUGGCGAGGUCCCGGCCAGUGUACCCGCUUCAGAUGCAGAUGGCGCCCCAUUCGCUACCGAGGUGGAACACAUUAUCAACCAGGAGCAUUUGCAGUUGACACCCGAGGAGGCCUUCUUCCUGUGUUUCGGACUCGGAGCUCUCAGCAUAUCCGACGCCGAGUCCGGGCUGCCUCUGUCGACCAGGAACAUGCUGGUCCGCUUCCGCCAAUACUCGUACUUUCCGCCGCGGGUCGGCCCUGAGGAACCGGAUCUGGGACCGGACGACGGAUUUCUCUUGCACUACGUUGUGUACCAUCACUUUCGGUCGCUCGGCUGGGUGCCCCGAGCUGGAAUUAAGUUUGGCGUGGAUUGGCUGCUGUACACCAGAGGGCCGGUGUUUGACCAUGCCGAGUUCGGGCUCAUGAUCAUUCCCUCGUACUCGGACGCCUGGUGGAAGCAGCACGGGAAACGGGGCCCACGGAAGACGUGGGAUUGGCUGCACAACUCUGUACGAGUACUGUCACACGUUAUGAAGAGCCUGGUGCUGGUAUACGUGGACGUGCCGGCGCCGCCAAGGUUCGAGGAGGCGUUGGACGCAGGCAUCACGGACGCGCUGAAGCUGUACAAGAUCAGAGAGGUGAUGGUUAAGCGAUGGUCGAGCAACCGGAACCGAUGA